AGCCACAGAAACGAAUCGUGCGCGCCAAUGAAUUGAACAAAGAGGAGAGACAGUACACCCCCGUCAAACCCAACCAAAAUCCUAUAUAGAGUGAAACUCUAUAUACAAACUGUGAUAGCUGCUCAAAGGAACAACGCCAAUACCGUCAAUCGCCAGAAUGUCUGCUGCCAAUAAAUUGCCCCAUCUGGUUGCCUCAUCAUCCCGCUACAUUGCCGGACGGAAUGCUGUGCAAACGGUCUACUGGAGGGCCUCUGCGGGACCCAAUCCCCGGAUGGUGAAGACCAACAAGACCUGCGAAUUCGACCGCUCCCAGCUGGCGCCGAAGAGCGUGAGGAUGCAGAACCACAAUCACAGCUUCAUCAACAAGUAGAGGGAGGACUAUGACCAGGACUCCAUCCACAUCCACAUCCACAACCAAAUCCACGUAGCUCUUAGUUCCGGCCUUGACAUGUUCCUAAUGUGUGGACAGACGACACGACACACACGUUAAAUAAUUCAUAAUUUUUUUUUCAUGGUGCACUCUAUGUAUUUAUUGUGUGUAGUAUUGUAGAGCGAUAAACGUAAUCGUGAGUGUAGUAAUUGUAAACGAAACCGGCACGUAGCGUCACUGGAACUAGAGCAAAACCCAGAAUCCCAGUGCGAUGUCUCCGUCUUGCCCCAGAGGCAAGCCGUGGCUACGGCUAUUCAUGUACCUUGGCAUUACAAAAACAACAAAGAUUAAAUAAAAUGCAUUCUAGCUUGUAGAUAAUAGAACCCCA